AUGGCUAUGAUCGCGAAGAGUACCAAGACCACCACCUCCUUAUCCGUCCCAAAUCUCUUCCUCUUCUUCACACUCCUCUCCGUCUUCUCCUUCUUCAUCUUCCUCUUCUUCACCACCUCCACAACCCUAAACUCUUCUCCCUCCCCUCACGCUUCUUCCACCAUCAACGUCUACGUCGCCGACCUCCCCCGAUCCCUCAACUACGACCUCCUCCACCGUUACUGGUUCUCAUUCUCCGAUUCUCGACUCCCCACCGACACAGAUCACCAGGCUCCUCUAUUCCCCCAUCGAACAGCCAAAUUCCCGCCCUACCCUGACAACCCUCUCAUCAAACAGUACAGCGCGGAGUACUGGAUCAUGGGCGACCUCAUGACCCCUCCCAAGCACCGCGCCACAUCCUUCGCCAAGCGCGUCCUCGACCCACUUCUCGCCGACGUCGUUUUCGUCCCAUUCUUCGCCACGCUCAGCGCGGAAAUGCAGCUCGGCGCGAACAAGGGCGCGUUCAGGAAGAAGGUCGGUAACGACGACUACCAGCGGCAGAGGGAGGUCAUGGACGCCGUUAGAAGCACCCAGGCCUGGAACCGAUCCGGUGGACGAGACCACGUGUUUGUGCUAACCGACCCGGUGGCCAUGUGGCAUGUCAAAGACGAGAUUGCCCCUGCUGUUUUGCUCGUUGUGGAUUUUGGUGGUUGGUACAGGCGUGACUCCAGAGGUUCUAACCGUAGCGAGAGUGAUGUGAUUCCUCAUACUCAAGUUUCUGUGAUUAAAGAUGUGAUUGUGCCUUACACGCAUUUACUUCCGAGGUUGGAUUUGUCACAAAACAAGGAGCGGCACCUGCUUCUGUAUUUCAAAGGAGCUAAACAUAGGCACCGGGGAGGUAUAAUUAGAGAGAAGUUAUGGGAUCUAAUGAUCAAUGAGCCUGGUGUUAUAAUGGAAGAAGGUUUCCCUAAUGCAACUGGGCGAGAGCAAUCAAUCAAAGGGAUGAGAACAUCAGAAUUUUGUCUGCAUCCAGCUGGGGAUACACCAACUUCAUGCCGACUUUUUGAUGCAAUACAAAGUCUCUGUAUACCUGUCAUUGUCAGUGACAGCAUUGAGCUGCCAUUUGAAGGUAUGGUGGAUUAUUCAGAAUUUUCUGUUUUUGUGGCAGUUAGUGAUGCAUUGAAACCAAGCUGGCUUUUCAAUCAUCUUAAAAGCUUUUCAAAAGAGCAGAAAGACAGGUUCCGUCAAAAUAUGGCUCAGGUACAGCCCAUCUUUGUCUAUGAUAAUGGUCAUCCAGGUGGUAUUGGACCAAUACCCUCCAAUGGUGCAGUGAAUCACAUAUGGAUGAAAGUUCACCAAAAACUGCCAAUGAUAAAAGAAGCCAUAAUUCGAGAGAGAAGAAAGCCACCGGGUGUUUCAGUUCCACGACGUUGUCAUUGUACUUGA